GCAAAUGGCGGUCAGGCCAUUUGUCGAUAUCCUCCUAUACGACACUUUCCCCUUUCUCCAUUUUCUUUAUCAGUAAAUCAAUUCACCAUGAAGGUAGGAGCGCAGAUGAAGUGCCGGCGAAGUCACGACCAUCACUAAUCGGCGCCACAAUCGCUGCUAAUUUGCGCGGACGAAGCCACCGCCAGCGUUCACCCUCACUCUUUCGUUCAAAUAUCAUCACCUAAGGGCUAAGGAACUCUUGGAGGCCGGUCAUGUGUACGUCUUACUCUUUGAAAUGAGAACUGCCUCUAUGAGGCAAAAGAGUGUCAUUCAUCCUAACUCAUGCGGAGCAAUUUAGCAGAUAAAGACACACACAUUAAUGGAAGGGCUUGUGGUGGAAAGGCAUGUUAAAUACAUCAUAUCAGUUGAAAAGAGGAAAGAUGAUUUCGAAUCUGUGGUGAUGGAGCAUCUAAGAUUAAAUGGAGCUUACUGGGGAUUGGCAACGCUUGAUAUCCUAGGAAAGAUUGAUGUAGUGGACCGAGAUGAGGUUAUUCCUUGGAUCAUGCAGUGCCAAGAUGAAUCUGGUGGAUUUGGUGGUAACAUUGGACACGACCCACAUAUCUUGUAUACCCUUAGUGCCAUCCAAGUUUUAGCGCUAUUUGAUAAGCUUGAUGUUCUUGACACUGGCAAGGUUUCAAAAUAUAUUGCCAACCUGCAAAAUGAAGAUGGUUCCUUUUCUGGUGACAUGUGGGGUGAAGUUGAUACAAGGUUCUCUUACAUAGCAAUAAGUUCUCUGGCACUGUUGCAACAUUUGGAUGCAAUUGAUGUGGAAAAGGCAGUUCAGUACAUUCUAAGUUGCAAGAAUAUGGAUGGUGGAUUUGGUUGCACACCUGGGGCAGAGUCGCAUGCCGGACAAAUUUUUUGUUGUGUAGGAGCUCUUGCAAUAACGGGCUCUUUGCAUCAUGUUGACAAAGAUCUCCUUGGUUGGUGGUUAUGUGAAAGACAAGUUAAAUCUGGAGGUCUUAAUGGCCGCCCUGAGAAGCUUCCUGAUGUCUGCUACUCUUGGUGGGUUCUUUCCAGUUUAAUUAUGAUAGACAAAGUUCACUGGAUUGACAAGAAAAAGCUUGUAAAAUUUAUUUUGGACUGUCAAGAUAUAGAAAAUGGUGGAAUUUCAGAUAGGCCAGAUGAUGCAGUUGAUGUUUUCCAUACCUAUUUUGGGGUUGCAGGACUUUCACUCUUGGAAUACCCGGGACUCAAAGCUAUAGAUCCAGCAUAUGCUCUUCCUGUUGAUGUUGUUAAUAGAAUCAUCUAUCACAAGUAAUGGGUCGGUUUACCAUCGUCUCAUUCCUGCGAUGCUGACGGUUAAUGAAUUUUCAUUGACAUCAACUUUAAGCGGAUUUAAUUAAGGGGUUAAAGGGAUGUGCUCUGAUAACCUCAUGCAGGGAUGCUUCUAUCCCUUGGAAUUACAUCACUGCUUUAGUUCUGUGAGGUGUGGUGUAUAUUGUGUUGUCGCUUUAAAAUUCCCAAAUCCUAAUAUCCUAUAAAAUGGGGAGAGUCUAGUGUGGCUGUGAACAUGGUAUCCGUUCAACUUUGUUUUAAAAGGCCAAUAAGUUUGUGUCCCUUCAGAUAGAUGCAUUUGUCAGCGAGGCUUCGGCAUGCACUGGUAACUGUCUUAAAGUUAGCAGGACAAGAUUUUGUUUGUGCAAGUCAAUGUUGUUCUCGGUGCCGCAUCAAUGACUAGUCUGUCUCAGACACUUAGUCAUGUCUUCCUUCAAACUCCUAGGUUUAAGAUAAUUUUUGUAAAUACAUAUUAACUGUGGAAAAUUUUCGAGUAUGGAUUGAAAAAACUUAUACAUGAAUCUGAUGUUUAAAUCUGUUGUCAAGACACAA